CUUCAAAACACUCCAAAAUUUGAAAGAAAGACAAAAAAAGAAAACAAAAAUUGAAAGAAAAUUGAUUUAAAAAUAUUCAAAUGAUAUUGAUCGUGUUUAAAAAUAAAUAUUGUGCUUCUCCCGCUCCACUUUUUUUUUUGUCCACAAUUUAGAUGGGUAUUACUACAUUUCCACCUCCGGACCACACCACUGCAGCACCAAACUCCAUGGCUGUACUCUCUCUUCCAUUCUCGCUCUCACUCUCUUUUCCCUCCAAAUUCAGAUUAACGACGGCGUGGUUCUCCCUCUCUUCCCAGCUCAGACCCUUCUCCGCAUCGUCUCCAACUUCUGCCCACAAAAUUCACUGCCUCGCCAUUUCCCUUAAGCCCAUUUCUCUUUCGAAAGCCAGGGUUAAGGUUAAGGCCUCCGAAGCUGAGCUCAAAGAAAACUGGUUAGCCUCUUUAUCUUGCCCUUUACCUCGAGAUUUCGGAACCUCCCAUGGCGAAGCAAGAGAGGAAGGGUCCGACCCACGUAAUGCGGGUUCUGAUUGGGUUAUUGGCAUCGACCCAGAUCUUUCCGGUGCAUUGGCCGUCUUGAAAGGCGACGACCCUGACUGUCCUGCUCAGGUGUUUGACUCUCCACACUUGUCAGUGAUGGUUGGUGGAAAAGUUAGAAGACGUUUAGAUGCCAAAUCUAUCAUUGAGUUACUUCGAGGUUUUAAUGCUCCCGAAGGCACUAUAGCAUACAUUGAGCAAUCAAUCCCUUUUCCAAAAGAUGGGAAGCAGGGAUGGUGGAGUGGAGGAUUUGGGUAUGGCCUAUGGAUUGGAAUCCUUGUGGCUUUGGGAUUCUCUGUUGUCCCAGUGCCAUCUUUCUCAUGGAAAAAGAAAUUUGAAAUCUCAGGAAGCACUUUUUCAAAGGAUGAUAGCAGGAGAGUGGCAUCGACAUUGUUUCCUUCUUUGAGUUCACUGUUGCAGCGAAAAAAGGAUCACGGGAGAGCUGAAGCUUUACUCAUUGCUGCCUAUGGGAGAGGCCUAAAGAUGGAAUUGGACUCAUCAUUGACCUUAAAGGAACUAGUUUCUUAGAAUGGGCACAUCAACUAUCAAUAUUGUUGGCAUCAAUUAUUUGGAAGAAUGACAGAAUAUAUUAUCACGAUAAAAAUAGCUAAAGUUUAUUUAGCACAGAUCCUGCUAACCAAAAUAGCUGCAAGAGAUACAUUGACAAUGCUACUGCUGCAUGCAGACAGCUGCUUGAGGAAAAGGGUAGGAUUUGCAUAUUAUUUUUGCAAGAGAGAUGAAAAGGAAUUUAUUGAAUUUGAAAGUGAACCAUGAAGAGCAAGAACAUUCAAGUUGAACUGCCUUUAAGAGAACAGAGAUAACGAUGAAAGGAAAUACUAGCUUAUUAGAAGUUCAAAGGUCUGUGGAAUUAAUUCAUGCGCAUAAAGAAUGUGUUCUCGAAUAACACAAGUGGUGGUGUGAUGGUCUGUCGAUAAAAAUAGAAGGUGGCUACCUAAAGAUGCAAAACUUGCAUCUUAUGAAGGCAUUAGUGUUCAAGGAAUGCGUUCAGUCUUCCUUCUGGGUUAAGCUGCCAUUUUAGGAUGGCCAAUUUGGAUGGGAAAUUUCUGUUCUCAGAGGUUGUACAUUUGAAUUAUUCCAUAGUUAGUUUUUUAAAGCCAACUUUGUUCUUGUUUGUUUAAAAGCUCAGUACAAUUGUUUUCGAUUGAUUAACAAGCCUUACAAUAUACAGUUAUUUGGUCGGAGGGAUUUGUGCAGAGUAUUAAAUCAAGUGAUUAUAAAUUGUUUAGUUUUUAUUAUUAGUUUCAGACAAUAAUUGGCAGUUAUAAGUUUUAAAAUUGAUGGA